UUGAUAUUUAAUUUGAGUGCGGCUGCGCGCUGCUCAAUGCUUUCGCCGUUGCUGACGCGUCUCAAUAGGAAAAAGAGUGUGAAUGAACCCUCCGGUUUGAGCUAGAUGUGUCGAAUCUGAGUAGGUAGUGUGGCCCGUGUGUAGUUUUAUGUUCGAGUCUAGGAGGCGUGCUAAUGAUAGUAGAUUAGCGAUUAUAUUAGCUAGCGGCUCACCAACCUCUCCCGUAUGUGAUCGCCCUUCCUCGUCGUCGGACGCUGCCAGCGAGCGAGGGCCAAGGAACUAAAUAGCAUAUCGCCAUUAUAUGAUCCAGUGUCCAGCGUCACUUUUACCCUCCAUGUGGGUGAGGGAACUGUGUGUGUCAGACUAUGGCGAGAAAAACAGUUAGCAGGAAAAGGAAGGUAGGAGAGCCCAAGGACCAACAACAGUUGGGCUGGUGUCAGGCACCAUACAAGCGGAACCGUGUUUCUUGUUCAUCACGUCAUGCCCAGCAGUGGUGGUGCAGUCGGGGCUCAGUGGUAUGUGCCCUCCGGGGGCGGGAAUUCAGGCCUCAGCAGCAGCACGAGUUGCGGCUCCAGCGGAGCCUCCGGGGCUUUGCAGCCGGCAGACUUCCUGGCAUCCUUAAGGAGAGGGAGUUCUCUCUGGGGCGACUCAACAAGGUGUUUGCUUCACAGUGGCUCAACCACCGACAGGUUGUGUGUGGGACCAAAUGCAACACGCUUUUUGUUGCGGAUGUCCUGACUGGGCAGAUAACGCGCAUUCCCAUGUUAAAGGACAGGGAAUGCAAUGGUGGAGUUAGUGGUGUGGUGGGUGCAGUUGUGACGGGGCGGCAUUACCACCCCUCAGGAGGCUCUCGCGCUCGGCUGGAUCAGCAGGGCUGUGGAAUUCAUGCUAUUGAACUGAACCCGUCUAGAACACUGCUAGCCACAGGAGGGGACAACCCAAACAGCCUGGCCAUCUACCAGCUGCCCACACUCGAUCCUGUUUGUGUUGGAGAUGAUGGUCAUAAUGACUGGAUCUUUUCCAUAGCGUGGAUCAGUGACAAUAUGGUCGUUUCUGGAUCCAGAGACGGCUCUAUGGGGCUAUGGGAGGUGACGGACAAAGUAAUGAGCCAGGCUGAGCGCAGUCAGAGUGAGGAAGCAGUACCCUCCUACGCCCACAUUUCUCACCGUGCCCUUAAGGACAUCCCCAAGGAGUACACCAACCCAUACAACUGUAAAGUCCGCGCUCUGGCCUUUAACGAUAACCAUAAAGAGCUGGGUGCUGUGUCCUUGGAUGGUUAUUUCCACCUCUGGAAAGCUGAGCACAACUUGUGCAAGCUACUGUCCACCAAGCUGCCUCACUGCAAAGAGAAUGUGUGUCUGGCGUAUGGACAGGACUGGUCAGUGUACGCUGUGGGUUCUCAGGCCCAUGUCUCAUUCCUAGAUCCACGGCAGCCGACACACAGCAUCAAGUCUGUCAGUUCCAGAGAAAGAGGAAGCGGGAUCCGUUCAGUGAGUUUCUAUGAGCACAUUGUGACAGUGGGCACAGGCCAAGGUUCCCUACUCUUCUACGACAUCCGGGCCCAGAGAUUCCUGGAGAAUCCUUUGAAUCCAGCAGGAGGGUAUCGGAAAUGCCCUGGAGAUGGCAUCCUCAAGCUCACUACAGGGAAAGGCUGGCUGAAUCAUGACGAGACAUGGAGGAGCUACUUCUCAGACAUUCAUUCUUUUCCCAAUGCGGUGUACACACACUGCUAUGACGACUCCGGCACCAAGCUGUUUGUAGCAGGUGGACCACUCUGUUCUGGCCUGCACGGCAACUACGCAGGACUGUGGAGCUAGCCUCUCAGUCCCCUCCAUUGCUUUAUCACUACAUACUCGUCCAGAUUUUUAUUUAACCAGUCCCUCCAUCCCCCUCCUUCUCCCACAAUUAUUCCUAUGCUCCUUCAACCUCAACUACUCAGUGUUCUUUUUUAUAAAAAAAAAAAAUGUAUAAACUAUUAACUAAUAAUUUUCAAGAAGCUGCGAAGUCUGCCACUGAGAAACUCAGAAGAGUUUUUAAAAAAAAAGAAAGCAAAAAAAAAAAAAACAACAGUAAGAAUAAAGUUACACGUUUUCAUCAUUUAAAACACUGACACACAACCCGCAGGGAUUAGGUCUUUUGCUGGCUUGUUUUUGUAUGUAAGGAUGCUGUUUCUGCUGCUUCCUCUGUCAUAAAUGAGUGUCUUUGUGGAAUACUUGUGGAUUUACCAAAAGUUCCCUUUCAUUCUCGUACUGAAAUGGAUGGCAAUAACAGGGAGGGAGAGAGGAAAAAGGACUGAAGAGACAAUUCGUUUAGGAGGACUGAACAGAGUACAGAUGGAAAGAGAAUAUUCAUUUUUUGGAACAGCCUGUCCUGUCCCACAAUCAUAAAAAAAAAAAACAUAAAGAACUUCUCUCUUCUCCUGUCAGAAGUAAAACGAAGACGACAGCCGACUCAAUCAAAAUGGGACUUUGUGUUCAUAUUUUUCCUCAUUAAGAUGAUGUAAAGGGAAAAAUUGAGAUUUCUUAAUGCAGUGUUCUGCUAUGAAUAAAUCCCAACAAAUAUGUAUUUUAUUUGUUGAUUGUGUAAUUUGAUAGAGAAACCCCUGCUGAUAUUGUGAUUUGCUUUAUUUGUAUUUAUUUUCCCCCUUCUCUGUCCCCCUUAUUCUAUUUUUCAGGGGUGUUUAUAUCUGCUUGUUUUGAAGGAUUUGUUGUCUUUUCACCCUUUCGCUUCUGUUCCUGUUCUCUUUGACCAGAGUGCUUUCAGCAGAUUUGUUCAUUUGUAAUGAAAGAAAUCCUAAUCUGUUACUGCUCUGGUGCUAUUAGAGAAUUGAACCUUUUUAGUUUUAGUAGCAAGUGAUGUAUCAUCAAAUGUGAUGAUUACUAGAUAGAGGAGCCUUUUUACUGGGUAGAACUCAGCAUAAUCCUGGGACUCCUCUACAGUAACUGGGGAGAAGCUCUGUAGUAGCUUACUUGGAUCUUCUCAACUAUCCGCCUAGAAGGACGCAAGGAGAAUUAUUGAGAAGUAUUUCGGACUCUACCCUGGAGUUAGAUGCUGCAGGCACAUACAUUUGUUGUCACAGUUGUAAAACUUUUUCUCAUUUUGUAUCAGGGAGUGAGUCAUUCUGCUCUUUUCCUUGUUUGGUAGAGGCAGGGUAAGCUUGAGUUACAUUUUUGCCUUGCUCAAGUCUUUCUGUGAAAGACUGCCACAGGCGAUCAUAGUUUUCCUUUUCUACAUGGAACUUUUCUCCAGUUUUCAUGAUGACACAUUAAAAACAGAAACCCCAAUUACGACCAACAAUUGAACAAAUAACCAACACUUUUAAAGUGUAUUUUAUAUAUAAAUGUGUAUAUGUAUGUGUAAAAUACAUAGGGACAAUUGCAUACAUUUUUAUGUAUGUGUCUGAGGAAGUGUGUGGAUUGAUCUGUCUACUUGGUGAUGCCCUGUUUUUUUAUACACACCUCAUGAAUGUUUUUACAAAUGACUGAAUCUGAGGAUAUUGUAAAAUAUAAACACCUGAAAAACAACUAUCAAAUCUUUAAAAAGAGCAAAUAAUAAAAAUAAAAUGUAUAUUGAUGUAA